AUGGAUUCAGGCCUAGCUAAUGCCGGACCAUCGUAUUCCUCUUAUCCUGAGGAACCUCAGACUGUGAGGGACGGUGUCGUCCUUCCAACAGAUAAAAGGUUUCCCUGUAUUGAGUGCGGGAGGGGAUUCCAAUUUAAAUCCCAACUUAAUUUGCAUGAAAGAUCUCACACAGGGGAGAAGCCGUAUUCCUGCCUGGAAUGCGGGAAAUGUUUUACACUUAAGUCCCAUCUUUCCAAACAUCAGAGAACUCAUAUAGAGGAGAAGCCGUUUUCCUGUCCUGAGUGCAGGAAAUGUUUUGUAAAUAAAUCAGAUCUUGUCACACAUCAAAGGUCUCGCACAGAGGAGAAGCCGUAUUCCUGUCCUGAGUGCUCGAAAUCUUUUUUACAAAAAUCUUUACUUGUCAGACAUCCGAGAUCUCACACGGGGGAGAAGCCAUUUUCCUGUCCUGAGUGUGGAAAAUGUUUUUCAGAUAAGUGCGGUCUUAAUCAUCAUCAGAGAUUGCACACACCUGAGAAACUUUUUUCCUGUAAUGAGUGUGGGAAAUUCUUUACACAGAAGUCCAAUCUUCAUAUUCACCAGAGAUCACACACAGGUGAGAAGCCUUAUUCCUGUUCUGAGUGUGGAAAAUGUUUUGCAGUAAAAUCAGUUCUGGUCUCACAUCAGAUGUCUCACACAGAGGAAAAGCCGCAUUCCUGUCCUGAGUGCGGUAAAUGUUUUUCACAGAAGCCCCAUCUUUCCAGACAUCAGAGAUCUCACAAGGGGGAAAAGCCCUAUUCCUGUCUUGAGUGCGGAAAAUGUUUUUCAGACAUGUCCUAUUUUCAUAAACAUCAGAAAUUGCACACAGGUGAGAAUCUGUAUUCCUGUUCUGAGUGCGGAAAAGGUUUUAUACAAAAACAAGAACUUGCCAUACAUCAGAGGUCUCACACGAAGGAAAAGCCGUAUUCCUGUCCUGAGUGCGGGAAAUGUUUUUCACAGAUAUGCCAUCUUUCCAGACAUAAGAAAUCUCACACAGGGGAAAAGCCCUACUCCUGUCCUGAGUGCAGAAAAUGUUUUGCAGAAAAGUGGCAUCUUCGUAGUCAUCAGAGAUCGCACACAGGCGAGAAGCCGUUUUCCUGCUCUGAGUGCGGGAAAUGUUUUGCACAACAAUCAGGACUUGUCUCACAUCAGAGAUCUCACACGGGGGAAAAGCCGUAUUCCUGUCCUGAGUGUGGGAAAUGUUUUUUAGAGAAGUCUGGUGUUUCCAAACAUCAGAGAUCUCACAUGAGGAAGAAGUUACUUUCUUGUCCUGAGUGA